AUUAAUCAGCCUAUACACACCUACACAGUCUUGGGAAGAGGUCUAAUCAGCCACACUAACUGAAAACACAGUUGUUCAGACUAGGACCUUUAAAUAAUUAUGAAGAUGGAAAUAAAACAACUAAACUUAGCUUUAUCAGUAAAUUAGUAGACCAGAUGGUUUAAAGUUUCCCAAUGAAGCGGAUGCAUCAGUAAGAUCGGAAUCCUUUGUGUAGGUCUUUUGAGGGGUAUGCUACCCAUACUUUAGAACCAGGUUACGACAAGCAUAUCGUCUCAGCACGGCGGCCAGAAAACACAUUAGGCAAAAUGCAAAUACAAGAUGAAGUUAACCAGAUUGUGACCAGUAAUGUCCGUCUCAGACAGCAAUGGCUAGAUGUGAACCUGAAGUGGAAUCCAGAUGAAUACGGAGGCAUCCGGAAGAUAAGAGUCCCUUCAACCGACAUAUGGAAACCUGACCUGGUGCUAUACAACAACGCUGAUGGUGACUUUGCCAUCAUCCAUGAAACUAAAGUCCUGUUGGAGCACACUGGGAUGAUAACAUGGAACCCUCCAGCCAUCUUUAAGAGUUACUGUGAGAUUAUCGUCCUCCAUUUCCCAUUUGACCUGCAGAACUGUAGCAUGAAACUGGGAACCUGGACAUACGAUGGAAAGCUGGUCGUCAUCAAUCCAGACAGUGAUCGGCCUGACCUCAGUAACUUUAUGGAGUCGGGUGAAUGGGUGUUAAAGGACUACAGGAGCUGGAAACACUGGGUUUACUACACCUGCUGUCCCGACACACCAUACCUUGACAUCACCUACCAUUUCCUGAUGCUGCGGCUGCCUCUCUAUUUCAUCGUCAACGUCAUCAUUCCCUGCAUGCUGUUCUCUUUUCUCACCGGACUGGUCUUCUACCUGCCUACUGACUCCGGUGAAAAGAUGACUCUCUCCAUCUCUGUCCUGCUGUCUCUGACUGUCUUUCUGCUGGUUAUUGUGGAGCUGAUCCCUUCCACUUCCAGCGCUGUGCCUCUCAUAGGGAAAUACAUGCUCUUCACAAUGGUGUUUGUCAUCGCCUCCAUCAUCAUCACCGUCAUCGUCAUCAACACACAUCACCGCUCGCCCAGCACGCACACCAUGCCCGCCUGGAUCCGCAAGGUCUUCAUCGAAACCAUUCCCAACAUGAUGUUCUUCUCAACAAUGAAGCGUCCCAGUCAGGAGAUCCGGCAGAAGAGGUUGUUCCCAACUGACAUGGACAUCUCUGACAUCUCAGGUAACCCCACCCCCACCAGUGUCACCUACCAGUCCCCCAUCUCUAAAAACCCUGAUGUCCGCAGCGCCAUUGAAGGGGUGAAAUACAUCGCUGAGACCAUGAAAUCAGACGAGGAAUCUAACAAUGCAGCAGAGGAGUGGAAGUUUGUUGCCAUGGUUUUGGACCACAUCCUGCUCUGUGUUUUCAUGGCCGUGUGCAUCAUCGGGACGCUUGCCGUCUUUGCUGGGAGACUCAUCGAGCUCAACAUGCUGUAGAGGCCUGACCCACGAAGGAGUACGUCUGUCGUCACACUUGGAGAGGCAUCAGAACCACGUUUAUCAUUGGUUGAGGUUGUGUUUGCUCUCUUUUUCCCCCUCACACACGUACAAAGUUUGAGUUCAUUUUCAAAUCACUCUUGUGUCGCCUUUGAAUGUGCACGUUUGUAUUUACUGAAAUUGGGGAGACUGCAGUAAAGCUUGCAUUUUAAAGGCAUGAGUCUUGUGAUCUACAUGGGUCAUACUUGAA